AUGGAGCUGGCGGAACAGAUUGACGAUUCGACAUUCUGCACAAUGAAUGACGAAGCCCCCACCAGCGUUAUGGGCAUCUGUAAUAGCUCGCCUGAUAUUAUCAUUGCUAGUGGUGGUCCGAUAAAUAGCAUAACCUGGCGACCUAUGCUAACUCUAGCAUCGGACCAUCUGUCCAUAAUUAUCUCGAUCGAGAAACCUCUCGACUUCGUUUCUGUGGACAAGCAUACCUUCAUUAACUUUAACAAAGCUAACUGGGUCGGCUUCACAGAAUUUACUGAGAACACCUUCAACGCUCUACCCAUUCCUACGGACGUAUGCGUUGGCGAACGUCAAUUCCGCAAGGUGAUUGCAGCAGCUACCGCUCGCUUCAUCCCGGAUGGAAGAAUAGCUGAAAUCCGCCCCGAUUUCCCAGCCGAAGUAGUCGUUUUAGCUAACGAGCGCGACACCUUACGCCAUGCCGAUCCCGGAGAUCCCGGAAUAAGGGAUCUCAAUUUGGCGUAUGAUAAACCAUUAUAA